CAAAAGAAUAGCAUUAUUUCUCGCCUCUUCCAACGUUUGCACCCCCUCUCUUUCCCCUCCCCCAAACACAAGGGCCGCUUGCACUCCAAAAGCGCUCCGUUCCCCGACAACAAGGUUGCUGGUUAACGGAAGUUAUCGAUGAGCAAUUCGACGUAUGCGAGCAGCUCGCCGGUCGACUUUCUAAGUUCCCAUGGAGGAAAGGCAGAGUUUACUCCCCUUGUUUGCUAUGCCGGAACCACGACCAUGCACAACAGCAUCUGGCAUGACGAGAACCCAUUAGCAUACUCCUUCCCUCUCUUCCUCCUCCAAUGCAUUCUCAUCAUCGCCACCACCCGCACCAUCAACUUCCUCCUCCGCCCCCUCCGCCAACCUCGUUACAUCUCCGAGAUCUUGGGUGGGUUCGUGCUGGGCCCGUCGGUGAUGGGACGGAUCCCGGGUUUCGGGCUCACCACCUUCCCUUUGUGGAGCCUGGUAACCCUCAACGCCAUCGCCCAUAUCGGCCUCAUCUACUCCACCUUCUUGGUGGGCCUCGAGGUGGUCGAGCUCGAGUCACUCAGCAGCGGGGGACCCCGGUCGUUAGGGUUCACCGCGGCUUGCGUCCUGCCGCCGCUCGCCAUCUCGUCAAAGAUGGCUCCCAUCGUCCACGACCUUCUCCACGAGAGCACCCACCGAGAGGCGUUCCUCGCCUUUAUCGGCGUCGCCGUCACCGUCACCGCCUUCUCGGUGCUGACCCGAAUCCUCGCGGAGAUGAAGCUGAUCGGCUCGGACGUCGGCCGGAUCGCGCUCUCCUGCGCCGGCCUCAACGACAUCGUGUCAUGGAUGCUGCUGGCGACGGCGGUGGCGCUCGCGCAGACCGACUCGGAGGUGGAGAAAUCGAUAUUUUCGGUGCUGUCGGCGAUCGCUUUCUACGUGAUGUGCCGAAUCCUCGUGCGGCCGGUGGUGCUGUGGGUGGCGCGACAGGCGCCGGUGGGUGAGGAGGCGAACGAGCUACACUUGUCCGGGAUGUUGGUGGGUGUCCUGGCAGCGGCAUUCAUCACGGACAGCAUCGGCAUGCACGGCAUCUACGGGGCCUUCACGCUCGGCAUCAUGGUGCCCAACGGACCCUUCGGGGAGGCCAUCGCCGAGAAAGCGGGGGACCUGGUGGACGGGCUGCUGAUGCCAUUGUUCUUAGUGAUCAGCGGGCUCCGGACGGACUUGUCUACCAUCAAGAAUUGGGACGGGGUGGCGUGGUUGGUGCUGAUGGUGCUCUUCUCCGCAGCGGCCAAGGUUCUGGCGAGUAUGCUCAUGGCCGCUUUGUGCAAGAUGCCUCUCCAUGACGGCUUGUCCGUGGGACUUCUUAUGAACUCCAAGGGGGUCAUCGAGCUGGUCCUCCUUAACAUUGCCAGAGACAAACAUGUCAUCGAGGGCCAGACCUUCACCAUACUGGUACUCAUGUCGAUGCUGUUGACGGCGACGGUGAGCCCGCUGUUGACGGUGGUGGUAAAGCCGGUACGACGGCUGGUGUCCUACAAACGGCGGACCAUCUGGUGGACCAACCCGGACUCUGAGCUCCGCAUCCUGGUUUGCGUCCAUACCCCUCGUGAGGCCCCCUCCUUUGUCUCCCUCCUCGACAUCUCCCACCCGACGAAGCGCUCCCCAAUCUACGUCGAUGCCCUCCACCUUGUCGAGCUCACCGGCCGUGCCGCCGCCAUGCUCGCCGUCAACUCUGCUGCCCCCCCCGCCGCCGCCAAGGACCCCCACCACCAGCAGCACCUCCCGGCUCUCGGCCGCAUCCAGGCCCAGUCCGACGCCAUCAACCACGUCUUCGAGAGCUACGAGCAGCAUGCCGGCGGCGUCACAGCCCAGUGCCACACCGCCGUCUCUCCCUACGCCACCAUGCACGAGGACAUCAUUGCCGUGGCCGUGGACCGUCACGCGGCGCUCAUCCUUCUCCCCUUCCACAAGCACCAGACCGUCGACGGUGGCAUGGAGGUGGUCCACCAAGCGAUUCGCAGCCUCAACCAGGCCGUCCUCGCAGCCGCCCCGUGCUCCGUUGGCAUCUUUAUCGACCGGGGCCUGGGAGCAGGCGACCGUCGCACGUCAGGGCACCGGGUGGCGCUGCUCUUCUUCGGUGGGGCCGAUGACCGGGAGGCUCUGGCAUUCGCGGGACGCAUGGCUGGGCACCCUAAGAUCAACCUCAAGGUGAUUCGCUUCAUGUACGGGGGCGGGAAGAGCCGACAACAACAGCACCACCACCGCCUGGGGGCGGCGGCAGCGACAGCGGGGUCACCUAAGGCCGAGAGGGUGCUGACGGUGAUGACGGAGGGGGAGAGGGAGCAGCGACUGGACGAGGAUUCCUUGGGUGAGUUCCAGGCGAGGUGGGGCAGGGGAAUGGUGGAGUACGAGGAGGUGGUUGCUACCAACGCGGAGGAGACGGUGGCGGCGAUCCAGAGGGUGGAGGAAAGUGGCCAUGACCUCUUUGUGGUGGGGCGGGGACAGAACAUGGAGUCGCGGCUGAUUGAGGGGCUGAACGAUUGGAGCGAGUUCCCGGAGCUGGGACCUAUCGGGGACCUGCUGGCGUCGACCGACUUCGAGGCCACGGCAUCGGUGCUGGUGGUGCAGCGCGGCGGAGGCCCAGCGAUCGACAUGCUCGUGUCGCCGGACAGUCCCGGGAAGCCUUGGCCGCCAUUUGGGAACAAGGGAGAGCAAUGGGCCAAAGGCAGCAGGGUGUAAUUUUUUUUAAAAAAAAAAUUAGAGAAAACCAGGGAGUGAUUUUUUUUUGGCAAACGCUUACAAACUUGAAAUAAACUGGUUUUAUUGCC